CUUGUCCGUUCCCUUAUCCAUAUGUCUUGAGCUCUGACCACAUACCUCCACUCAAGUCUAUAAAUAGAACCAUUCUGCAGUCCAUUCCUCACCGGACAAAGGAGCACCAUCACUUACUUCAAAUGGCUUCCUCAAACCUCCUCUCUUCUCUCCUCCUCCUCCUCCUCCUCCAAGUCCUCCUCACCCUUCUCGCACCAGCAUCAGCUGCUGGCUCCAAUCUCUUCAGAGAAUACAUCGGGGCCGAGUUCAAAGGCGUCCGGUUCUCCGAUGUCCCCAUCAACCCCGGUGUCGAAUUCCACUUCAUCCUCUCCUUCGCAAUAGACUACACCACCGAUUCCCCAGCUCCUACUAACGGGCGGUUCAACAUCUUCUGGGACACUGACAACCUCUCCCCCGCGCAGGUAGCUGCCAUUAAGCAGAGCCAUGGCACCGUUAAGGUUGCACUCAGCCUCGGCGGAGAUAGCGUCGGCAGUGGCUCGGCAUAUUUCCAACCAUCUUCCAUAGAUUCUUGGGUCAGCAAUGCUGUCAGUUCGCUGACGGGAAUCAUCAGACAGUACAAUUUGGAUGGUAUUGAUAUCGACUAUGAGCACUUCCAUGCCGAUCCCGAUACUUUCGCAGAGUGUAUCGGGCAGUUAUUGACGAGGCUAAAGAACAAGGGUGUCAUCUCAUUUGCUUCCAUAGCUCCUUUUGAUGACGAUGAAGUCCAGAGCCAUUACUUGGCCUUGUGGAGGAAGUAUGGGCAUGUCAUAGACUAUGUCAACUUCCAAUUCUAUGCCUACGAUGCAAGCACGACGGUAUCUCAGUUUCUGAGCUACUUCGCAAAACAGAGCUCCAACUAUAAUGGAGGGAAAGUAUUGGCAAGUUUUUCCACGGAUGGAAGUGGAGGGUUAUCGCCGGAAAACGGCUUCUUCCGUGCAUGCAGCAGCCUCAGGACGCAGGGAAAGCUUCAUGGCAUCUUUAUUUGGUCUGCGGAUGACUCCAAGAGCAAUGGUUUCCCCUACGAGAAGCAAUCGCAAAACUUGUUGGCAAGCGCUCGUUAACCUCAAUUGAAGUAUUAAGUUUCAGCUAUGGUACAUGAAAUGUCGUAGUUCGUGUUCUCGUAAUAGAGUUGGCCUGCAAAAUGGUAAUUUAUACGUGUUGUGAGUGAAGAAAACCUGUAAUUUGUCUAGUAAAAGAUGUUGACGUGAAAACUAAUGGAAUUAAAUAAAUUAGAUAUUUCCAAUCUUAGCUCUUUGAGAAAGUAUAAAUUAGUAUCGUGAAGAAAGAGCGCCUUUAUUCGGG